AUGGACGAAGAGGGCCUCGUUGACGCCGGGAGGUUGACUUCGCAGCAAAAAAACGACGACGGCGUACCGUGGCCGCCAUCCGAAGCAACGAAGGUUGUGCUCGGUCGUGGCUAUCGCGUGGCCAACACCGGAGCUUCGGCAGCCACUAGUCGAGGCUAUGACCUGCAGAGGAGCGGCGGCGACCAUGAUGGGGCGGCGGAGGAUCGACAACCAAUCGAAAUCGGGCGGCGGAGGGGUGCGUCGCCGGAUCCUGAUUCGACGGUGCGGCUGGGCUUCGACAUGCGUCUGAAGCGACGGAGCCAGAAGAUGAAUGCGGGCCGGCGACGGUUUCGACGAUGGGCAAAAUUACAGCAACAACGGUUAGGGGCAGAGGUGGUGCUGCUAAGGGAAAAUAUCCAGGUGACGGUUGGGCGUUCUCGCGUGGUUGUUUUUGGUUUGCGGCAACAGUCCGCGUGCGACAAAUACGCAGUCUACCCUGCCAAUUUUUUGGCUGUUCAAAAAGGUGAUGAUGAUCCUAUGUUUUCUGUUCAAAUAUGGCAUGGAGGUUUUUUCAUGGGCCAAGGCAGAAGCAAAAAGUACUAUGGAGGGCAGAGCAUCUGGUUUGAUAACAUAGACAAGAACACAUGGUCUCCCCCAGAUGUGGAUGAUCUCAUAGAGCAGAUAGGGUAUGAGAAGGAAGGAAGGAUGACAGUGUACUACUGCAUGCCAGGUCUUCAAGUCAACACAAAUGGGCUUAGAGUGAUCAAUGGAGAGGAUGCCACAGAUAACAUGAGAGCUUUUGUGACAUUUGGGCAUCAUUUCAUGGAUAUUUUUUUGGAACAUGAUGAUUCUAUCAGGGAUCUUGAUGAUGUAGUUAGGUUCCCAAUUCAAGAUCUCCCAAAAGUCAUCAGCCCAAUGAAGCCAUUGAAUGUGGUCAGACCUGAAUCAGGGGAAGGUUUCAGGACAGCAACUGAAGUACUAAAGGAGAAAGGCAAGUCAGUUAUCAAUAUGGAUGCAGAUGAUGUUCAUGACAAUGAUGCAAGUGGAGAGGAUGCCACAGAUAACAUGAGAGCUUUUGUGACAUUUGGGCAUCAUUUCAUGGAUAUUUUUUUGGAACAUGAUGAUUCUAUCAGGGAUCUUGAUGAUGUAGUUAGGUUCCCAAUUCAAGAUCUCCCAAAAAUCAUCAGCCCAAUGAAGCCAUUGAAUGUGGUCAGACCUGAAUUAGGGGAUGGUUUCAGGACAGCAACUGAAGUACUAAAGGAGAAAGGCAAGUCAGUUAUCAAUAUGGAUGCAGAUGAUGUUCAUGACAAUGAUGCAAGUGGAGGAUCAACAGAUUCAGAAGAAGAGGGUAGUGACAUUGAUUAUGUGCCUGAAAUUGCAGAUAGUGACUAUGCCAUAUCAGAGGGAGAUGAUGACUUGUAUGUGAACAAUUGCUUUGAUGCUGUAGAGGAGAAUAGGAAUGAGGAACAAUUGGAUGUGUCAGAAGAUGAUGAGUUAAGAAGGCCAGAUUUUGAUGAUGAAGGAAUAAUUGAGAUGAACUUCAAGACAUUUAGGGAUGAAGAUUUAAUAAGCCCUAAGUUUCAUGUGGGGCAAGUUUUUCAGAAUGUGCAGCUGCUUAGGAAGGCUAUCAAAGAAUACUCAUGCAGGAACAGGGUCAACCUGAAGAUGCCAACUAAUGACAAGAUGAGGGUUUGUGCAAAAUGUGAGGAGGGGUGCCCUUGGUAUCUAUGGGCAUCCAAUGACAAUAGGACAAAGGCAUUCAUGGUUAAGAAGCUUGUGGACAAACACACAUGCAGCAAGAAAUGGCAAGUGAAAAGCUUCACAGCUCCAUACAUGGCAGAGAAGUAUUUGGACUCAUUUAGGGCAGAUGAAAACAUGAGCAUGAAGAACUUCUCUAGGGUGGUGCAGGAACAAUGGAAUAUGAAGCCUACAAGGAGUAAGCUUAGGAGAGCAAAAAGGUUGGCUCUUAAUAUUGUCCAUGGAGAUGAGGAGAAACAGUACAAUAAGCUUUGGGACUAUGCAAAUGAAUGGAGAAGGUCAAAUCCAGGGAGCAGAUUUUAUUUAGCAGCAGAUACAGAUGGUACUUUCCUACACUGCUAUUUCUCUUUGGAGCCAUGCAAGAGAGGGUUUAUGCAGGCUUGUAGGCCAGUAAUCUGCCUAGAUGGAUGCCAUUUGAAGACCAGAUAUGGAGGUGUUCUUCUCACUGCAGUUGGACUAGAUCCAAAUGAUUGCAUCUAUCCAAUUGCUUGUGCUAUUGUUGACAUUGAGAACACUGACACCUGGAGGUGGUUCUUAUCCUCUCUGAAACAAGACCUAGCCAUUACUGAAACUGAUCUGUGGACUAUUAUGUCUGACAAGCAGAAGGGUUUGAUCAAAGCUGUCAGAGAUUACUUUCCACAUGCAGAGCACAGGUUCUGUGUCAGGCACUUGUGGCAAAACUACCAACAGCAGUUUAGGGGUGAAGUGCUCAAGAACCAGCUGUGGAAAUGUGCUAGGAGCACAACUCCUUCUGAUUUUGAACAGAACAUGGAAGAGCUUAAAGUGAUAAACUUUGAAGCAUGGAAAUGGCUGUCAGGGAUGGACCCCAACACUUGGGUUAGGGCAUAUCAACAAGAGUUCCCCAAGUGUGAUAUUCUUCUCAAUAAUGCAUGUGAAGUGUUUAACAAGUAAGUUGCAUCAUUGUUUGUGUUUUUCAUCACAUGAAGCAUUCAACAGGUAGUUCUCCAUCACAAUAAUCUUCUGACAUGAACCAACUGUUGGCUGUAGGUACAUUCUUGAGGCCAGAGAG